GCCGCAGCCAGGCGCACAGAGGAGCCCGCGAGCACAGCCGCGUCCCCGCAGCCUCGUUCCCGCCGCCGCGUCCCCGCCGCCCGCAGCCUCGUCCCCGCCGCCACCAUCGCCGCCGCGCCCCCGGGGCAUGGCCUGUCUGAUGGCCGCCUUCUCGGUCGGCACCGCCAUGAAUGCCAGCAGUUACUCUGCAGCGAUGACGGAGCCAAAGUCGGUGUGCGUCUCGGUGGACGAGGUGGUCUCCAGCGGCAUGGAAGCCACUGAGACGGACCUGCUGAAUGGACAUCUGAAGAAAGUGGACAACAACCUCACAGAGGCCCAGCGCUUCUCCUCCUUGCCUCGGAGGGCGGCAGUGAACAUUGAAUUCAAGGACCUUUCCUACUCCGUUCCUGAAGGACCCUGGUGGAGGAAGAAAGGAUACAAAACGCUUCUAAAAGGAAUCUCAGGAAAAUUCAACAGUGGAGAGCUGGUGGCGAUCAUGGGCCCUUCUGGAGCUGGGAAAUCCACGCUCAUGAAUAUCCUGGCUGGAUACAGGGAGACGGGCAUGGAGGGAGAGGUGAUCGUCAACGGCCUGCCCCGGGACCUGCGCUGCUUCCGGAAGGUGUCCUGUUACAUCAUGCAGGACGACAUGCUGCUGCCACACCUCACCGUGCAGGAAGCCAUGAUGGUGUCUGCACAUCUGAAGCUUCAGGAGAAGGAUGAAGGCAGAAAGGAGAUGGUCCGGGAGAUCCUGACGGCGCUGGGUCUGCUGCAGUGUGCCAACACGAGGACAGGAAGCCUCUCGGGCGGCCAGCGGAAGCGCCUGGCCAUCGCCCUGGAGCUGGUGAACAACCCGCCCGUCAUGUUCUUCGACGAGCCGACCAGCGGCCUGGACAGCUCCUCCUGCUUCCAGGUGGUGUCGCUGAUGAAGGGGCUGGCGCAGGGUGGGCGCUCCAUCAUCUGCACCAUCCACCAGCCCAGUGCCAAGCUGUUCGAGCUCUUCGACCAGCUUUAUGUCCUAAGUCAAGGGCAGUGCGUGUACCGGGGGAAGGUCUCAAAUCUGGUCCCUUAUUUGAGGGAUUUGGGUCUGAACUGCCCAACCUACCACAACCCGGCAGACUUUGUCAUGGAAGUCGCGUCCGGUGAAUACGGAGACCAGAACGGUCGCCUGGUGAGAGCCGUUCGGGAGGGCAUGUGUGACUCGGACUACAAGAGGGAGCUUGGGGGUGAUGCCGAGGUGAACCCUUUUCUUUGGCACCGGCCCUCUGAAGAGGUAAAGCAGGCAAAACGAUUAAAGGGGGUGAGAAAGGAUUCCACGUCCAUGGAAGGCUGCCACAGCUUCUCCGCCAGCUGCCUCACCCAGUUCUGCAUCCUCUUCAAAAGGACUUUCGUCAGCAUCAUGAGGGAUUCGGUCCUGACACACCUGCGGAUCACGUCACACAUUGGAAUCGGCCUCCUCAUUGGCCUGCUCUACCUGGGGAUUGGGAAUGAAGCCAAGAAAGUCUUGAGCAACUCAGGCUUCCUCUUCUUCUCCAUGCUCUUCCUCAUGUUCGCGGCCCUCAUGCCCACCGUCCUCACAUUUCCUCUGGAGAUGGGAGUCUUCCUUCGAGAGCACCUGAAUUACUGGUACAGCCUGAAGGCUUACUACCUAGCCAAGACCAUGGCUGACGUCCCCUUUCAGGUCAUGUUCCCCGUGGCCUACUGCAGCAUCGUGUACUGGAUGACAUCGCAGCCCUCCGACGCCGUGCGCUUCGUGCUGUUCGCCGCCCUGGGAACCAUGACGUCGCUCGUGGCCCAGUCGCUGGGGCUGCUCAUUGGCGCUGCCUCCACCUCCCUGCAGGUGGCGACCUUCGUGGGCCCUGUGACGGCCAUCCCCGUCCUCCUCUUCUCAGGAUUCUUCGUCAGCUUCGACACCAUCCCGGCCUACCUGCAGUGGAUGUCCUACGUGUCCUACGUCAGGUACGGGUUUGAGGGGGUCAUCCUCUCCAUCUACGGCCUGGAUCGCGAAGACCUGCACUGCGACAUCGACGACACUUGCCACUUUCAGAAGUCUGAGGCCAUUUUGAGAGAACUCGAUGUGGAAAACGCCAAGCUUUACUUGGACUUCAUCGUCCUUGGGAUUUUCUUCAUCUCCCUGCGCCUCAUUGCCUAUUUUGUCCUGAGGUACAAAAUCCGGGCAGAGAGGUAAAGGCCCUGUACGGAGCGGGGCAAAAAUAUAGACACUGCAGCCCAGGGCACGUCCAGACUGGCGCCGGCAAGCCUGGGCCCAGGCACGACGCAGGGACGCUUCUGACCCAACUCCUAGUAACCACGUCGGGUUUAUGGGUGUCUGGUGUUCAACUUCUCCGCCCAGCUGGGUUGGGUCUUCUCUCCAUUACCCUUUCUAGCUUUAACUAGGAAGAAGGGAUAGAAAGAUUUUUGUGUUUUUUGUUUUUUGUUUUUUUUUUACAUGCAGAAUUUAGAACACCCCAGCUGGGGCAGAGUUUAAAACUGCAACACAGCUGGUGACAAAAGACUUCCCAGGUAAAGUCCCUCCUGUGGUCAGAUAACGUGAGUCCCGGAGGAGGGACGACAAGCACCUUCUCACGUGACCCCUGCACCACCAGGGAUCUUGGGAGAGAAAGGUGAAGCAUGGAGUGAUUCCGUUGGACAACUUGCUUUUCAUGGUUUCUUCUUUCUGAGAUUUGUCUCUUUUCCAAUAAGAAGCCACUUUCCAAGCCAAAAGUCUAUAAAUUUCAUUCAUUUUAAGAACUGGUAACUUUUUAGUACUUGUAGAAGAAAAUGAUUCAGGGUAAGAAACAGUCUUUGCUUCCAGGUAUAAGGGGUUUAACGGAAUCGCCAUGCUCGCCGCAGAGCUUGUGAGAGAUUCAAAUGCAUGUUCCAGGUUGAGUGAAGACAAAAUCAUCUGCAGUUAGCCAUGCAGAGAGGCAGAAAAGUUAUAAAAAGAAGCAGUAAGUUGAAAUUGAGCAACUCUUAAAGUCUUUUACUUUUCAUUUGCUUCUUAUUUUAAGCAACAUAUAUUGUUUCCUUUUAACUUUCUGAGCACCUUAAUUUUGCCUAAAAAUUUUCUAGAGAAUCCACCCUGUUAAUUUUGUAAAAACAUCUUCUCUGUCCUUCUACAUCACGUCAGUCUGUCCUUCUACAUCACGUCAGCUACCUCCACUGAACCUAGGAAAGCUGAGCUUAGGGAACUUUAAGGCUGUAAGCAUUGAUGGUUAGAGCUGGUGAAAAAGAUGAGCUAACUAUACAAGAGGUGUAGCUGCUGAAAGAUUUCGUGAGCAUCCAAGACCUUUGUGAGAAAUCAGUGAUGGCUCUCAGUGUGGCAGGGGUGUUUAUGGCUUCAUCAAGCAAUGCAUUUAGAGUUGUGGGUAAUUUUAUCUCCCAGACCUGGUUUUUACGGCAUCUCAAUUACACCCUCUAAAAGGAAUGUUGUACAAGUCCUAACAACUUGUGCAGACAUUUAGCUUCGCAAGGGUUAGACUCGUGUAUCCUCAGGCUGGAGCCCCUCUUCCCAGUGAUGUUAUCACAGAAGUAAAGCCUGCGUAGAGCAGAAAGAUGCGCACAGCCACCUUCGGAUUCAGAGCCAGGUGGCCCACAUGCUCACCAGCUGUCCCAAAGCCGGUUUAACACCAGGGGUAGGCGAUGGUUCUGGCCAAAGAAGGCCAUUUUUUAGGAAAAUGGAAUUGUUUCCUCCUUCAGGAAUAUCGUUAUCCUAGAAUCAGGGUCUCCUAAUGAAAGGUUGUAUUUCUGUGAGCAAAUCAAUUAACCUCCCGAAGCCUCAGUUUCCUCAUCUGUACACAGUGACACUUGAUCAUCUUCAAGGCCAUUUUCAGCUCUGAAGAGAUUCCUUGAUUGUGUCCCUGAAGCUCUUAUCUCCUACUUUAAGAGAAUGAAAGAGGUCAAAAUUUUAUUUACAUGCUGAUUUGGGCUGCAAAUGCUUAGAAAUUCCUUUUUUGUGCUUGGAUCUUUUUUAGUGAACUCAAUUGAGAUAUAUUAAAUAGAACUUUCCUUGUGCUGUACAAAUAUGGCAUUGCCUUUCAAAUUAACUUAUUUCACCAGGGUCAAAAUUAGCCUUUAUGAAAAGUCUUCAUUUAAUUUUAAGGAAGACUUGCCUGUCAAAAUCACCCAUAGAGAAAACCUCCUUAGGAACAGCCUGGCAAAACAGAGAAUAGGAAUGAGGACAAUGUCCUCAAUCGUUCCCCAGAAUUAUCUUGGGCUAGGUCACUACUUGAAGGGCUCUUUCCCUCUGGGUGGGCUUUUCCAGUCACGGAUUAGUGUGGUGGGCCUGUGGUCCUAAUAAGAAGUGGGGGCCAGGAGCUGUUCCCCACCAUUUCUGCUCUAAAUGCAGCUUCGUUUCUCCCUGAAACCUACAGUAUUACUAGAUUCCUCUAGAUUCAAGAUCUGGGUUCCAAAAGCAAUGAAGACUUUGAAAGGAACCAUUUCCCUAGUCUUUCAGGUUCUCUGUAUUCCCGUUUCCCACUGUUAGCAGAUUAUCUCCAUCCCUUAAUAGGUGAGGAACAGAUCGGCGUCCGAGAGAUGGCAGGCUGCUGGAAGGAAAACUCUAAGCAAAGUACACAGGGUUACUUUUUAAAAGAUGUUAGCGUAGAGAAGGUCCAGGAGUGCUGGCUGCCCGCCUAGAGAUUUAGGGCGAUCUUGAGCCAUGUGGGGUGAGGCUGUGUCAACCCCAGGAGGUGGCCUGGGGAUCUCCUCAGCAUCAGCGAGUGCCCCUUGGUCGAGCGUUCUCACUGUAAGUCCUUGGAAGAAUGUUUUUAAAUGCUUUUGUUUGAAUUUCCAGAUUUAGGGUAGUUUGAUAAAAUACCUUAUUCCCAUUGGCCUUCCAUAACAUCUACGCAACUUAUGGCAUAUUUUUUUCCUCACUGGUUGUGGCUAAGAGGUACUUGAUGAAGUGCUCUCUUCCAGUCACUGGCAUGUAAACUUAGACCACCUCCCCAAACCCACUUCUCUUGGGUUUUGUAUAUGAUGAGCCACAUGCUCCUCUCAUCUCUGAUUGAGUUUCGUCAUUUAGAAUUAAGGAUGGAAUCUUGGAUAAAAGAUACACAGCCUGCUCAGUUGUCAGUGGUGGUAAAAAAAAAAAAAAUGCAAGUCCAAAGAUUAUCACUUUUAAAUGCAACUUUUCAGGAGAGAAAGGGGUGUUUGCCAUGGGACUCUAAUCCCCACAUCCCUGGGGCUGAUCACUGCGUCGGGUUACGCUCGGGAGCCCUGCCGGCCAACCCCGUACCUGCGGGCUUCCACGUUUGUCCACAAGGAAGUGUUUCUUGCCUCCCUUUCUUCCAUUCUUGCUGAAUAUCAAUGAGGCAAUUAAAUUCUUCAAAAAUUCCUGUGUGGGUGAAGUGGGAAAUUUUCCCCAGGAGGAGAAGCAACUUGAGGAAAUAUUCCAGAGAAUGGCUGCUGGGAUCUGAUUAAUUUGCCUUUGGCAGGGAGGCCUUCAGGACCAGGAAAAGGGAUAUUGAGCUUUUAGGUAAAAAUUCAUCUCAGAGACCCACAAAAAAGGCAUUUUCCAGACCCAAGGACAGCAUCUCCAGGGGGACAGGGGCAGGUUACAUCCAUGAGGCAAAAACCACCUUUCACUGUUCGAUGAGCAAAUUUAAGAUAGGCGUCUUCGGUGUGUCGAGCAUGUUUACCUGCUGAGUGUCCCAGGCCCUGUGCCGGGUGCCUGACAAACCCCUUUCCUCGUUUACUCACUCAGCAAACGUUUACCACCCCAUCGCCACGGUGCCUGGUGCUGAGCCAGCCACUGGGUGUUGAGCAGGGAGGACAGUCCAGUGUGGCCCUGCCCUCGCGGGGCUCGCCCUCGGUGUGGGGGGGUGGUGACCAGAUGGUCACUGGAAAGGAAAAGUGCUGGAGCUGUCCGGGGAUGGGCCAGGGAACGCCCCGAGGAGGUGACGUCUCAGCUGCAGAUGUCAUCGGGACCCUUCAAAUUGGAAAAGCGCCAACAUUUCGCAGAUGGAGAACGCUGAGGCUGGGAGGGGCUCCGUGACUUCACCAGGGUCCCCGAGUGGCAUUCAAACCCAGCUCAGACCCCAAAGUCCCUGUAUCUUUUGCUUUCCCAUGCUGCCUUCUGUUCCUAAUGCACAAAUGUACUUGGAAAUACUUUGUGAGAUAUAAAAUGCAAUACCAGUUCAGUUGCUCUUAGUUCAUCUCUUUGUUCUGGAUUCGCUGUCACCAAACAGAUGGCUGAGACGGGGGAGUGGUCCUCACCUGCCGGGCACCUGACACAGUAGAGGGGCUUCGCUGGCUGGUUUGGGGGCCUCAUCUGACCCCUCGACGCAGUGGAGAGGUGCCUUCCCUUGCCCUGGCCUUGGUUUCCUAAUGCACCAUGUCUGUGAACUAGCUCAGUACAAAGAAGGGUUGGUGUGUGUGUGCGUGUUUGUGCACUUGUGGUCAUGUGUCCACAUGUGCACACACACGCACACACACAUGCGCCUAUGUGCAGGCUUGCCCCGGGUGUACGUUUAACAGUAUUAUUCUGUGAUAUUUCCUUGGUCACAGUCAAAUAUCAGCCUUUAAAUCUUCAGUCGCUCAUCCUUUCCCCAGGAAGGAAAAACAAAGUUAUUUCAUUUCAUGAAUAUGGUGCAGAUGGCAAAAGAAUCAUCAAAACUCAUGAUGGCAUUCGUCAAAUGCCAGCUAAAUUAGAAACUGACAGAAAGUCAAAUAGAACAACCCAAUGGGGGGAGGGACAGUGCAGAGUAUAUGAAUACAAAGUUAGAUUCUUUUAAGAAAUCAAGACUGCUAAUAAAAUAUUUUAUAUAAAACUUUUUACUUGUGUUCAAUGUUAAAUGCUUCAAAUGAUUUGCUCAAAUUUUACUAAGUAAAAUUAAUUUUUAGAAUGUAUUUUGAAUAUACCUCUGUGUAUGUCUAGUAAGAGCGCCAAUUUAUAAUCGGAUUAUAAAUUUAUAAAUCUGAUUGUAAAUAAUCACCUUUCCCUAUUGGUAGGUUUUCUGUUUUCUGUUGAACGGUCUUAAGGUCUGCAUUUGCCCUCCAUUCUCCUGGGUUCUGAUCCGUUUCCUCGUGCCUUGCUAAUGUCGGCAGUAGAUGUCAAACCUUAGGGUCAGGACAGGCUCUCCCGUGAAGUGUGGCAGCUCCUGGCGCCCCUGGCUGAGCCUGGCCUCCUUCUGGGCCUCUCCCCAUUGCAAUGGUCUCCACCGAUGGGCACUUGGGCGGCAGUUCCAGCAGAGGGACAGGCCUCGUCCGCGGCUCUGGUUUGAGGGAAACCCACUUCUCCGGCCCGGUGACUCUGCACGCAGCUCCCCUGGGGAAAGCCCUUCCUCCCGAGCCCUUUGGCUCCCACGGCCAAGGUGAGCAGGACCUCGAAGGUGCAGCCAGUUCCCCACCCUGCGAGCCUGGGCCGUGGGGUCCUUCACGAAGCGAGGACGUGCCGGCGGCCAUGGUGGCGGGGGGCCGCGUCUUUUGCACGGGGCCUCUGUCGUCCCCCCAAAGACAGAGCAGAGAGGCAGGCCCGUGCAUGGCAGGACAGAGUCCCAAGGUCCCAGAGUAGGGGGAGCGGAAUGGCUGCACAAUCUGAGGGUGCCAGAGUGUGAAAACAGAGUCAUGCUGACAAUUUGUGGUGACUUGAGCUUGUCCUUGACCGUGUCCCUUCAGGGAGAUGGCUCUGAGAUAAUUGCUCGCCUCGAUUGGCCUGUACUGGAAGCCCACCUGUCCUGGGCAGGAGGAAAGCUUGGGGAUGAUGCACGCAUGUGCUCCUUCCGCUGGGGGUAGACUGGAUUUUCUGAUAACUAUUCCAUAUCCUUCCCCAUGUUUCUCCCCAUCUUUGAGGGGGACAAAAGGGGGUUAGCCUUAGCUUGGUUUUGUUUUUGUUUUUAUAAUGUCCUCUCUGAACAAGGGACCAUCGCACAGGCCAGGUUGGAAUCAUCCCUGGGAGUAGCCGUUGGGCAGCGGCACCCCUGCAUCCCGAGCCUGCCAGGGGAGCUGCUUCGCCUGAGGUUUAUACAAGUGAUGCACGUCCUUGUCGAGUGAGGGGCCACUGCAGAGCCGGAGAGAAAGGGAAGGAGGCCCAAAGGUGCUCUUAUUUCAUCUAAACACGGGUGGGGCCCACCAGGGUGGCUUUGGGCUCUGCUUUGGAGGGCGUGCUGUCCCACAAGGGGUCAGCUCUCUGGGGGUCCUUCCACAGCUGGAGGCCUGAGCCUGUCCUGUCUGCUUCCGUCUUCCCGGGAGACACCCCCAGGGCCAGGACAUGCCUCGGACCCGUGGGUGUGUGGCACCGGGGUCCCCCUACACGGGAAUACCAGAUCUCGGAAAAGGCAAGCACCCGAGCCACAUAAACUAAAAACAACAAACCUCAAAUUGAUUGCGUUCAGUGGAGCUUUCCCUCAUUAGAGCGGCACUGCCCGCUGUGAGACAGCGCUGCACUGAGGAACGGCAGGGGGGCAUCCGGAUGACCAUGUGCGGUGCCAGUGGCCCACUCUGUGCACGUGAAUUUAAACGUGGCCCGGCACUGUGGACAGGUUAGGAUGGCAUUUAUUUAUAUUCACUGCUGUGAUGCUGAGAGCUGAUUUUUUGGGAGUUCGUAAGCCACCUGUGGGUGCCUGUGCCCAGCAUGGUCCAUCACCGCCGUUUCCCAUGACACCACUCCUCGCGGAAAGUUGGGGCGAAGGUGAGCUGAGGAGGGGGUGCUGAGACCCUGCUGGGGAGCAUCAGGUGGGGGCCACCUCCCCAGGUGGCCUGCUGGGGCCAGUUCCCAAGGCAAGUCCCUCCUCCAGGGAGGAGACAGCACGAGGGCAUCGUCUUUCCCCCGCACCUGCCCGAAGGCAGCCAGAGGCCAGCCCAGCACUGCAGCCCGUCCUGCAGCAUCCUCUGUCUGCACCACGGGUACAAAGAGCUUUGGGGAAACCGUGUUGGCCAGAUGGGGAUUUGCUGGCACCGUGGAGAUGGCAGGUGCAUCCAUUUCUGGGGGAGAAGUUACCAAAACCACACACACCCCCUUAGGGGGGCCCUGAAUUUGUCCUCUCUCUCUGGCUGAAAUGAACUGGGCAUGAAGGGGACGGCGUUCCAUCUGCAGGACAGUUAGGGAGUCAUGGAUGGCGUGAAAUGGAGUCCAGGAGCCCCAUUCUCACGGGUUUCUGGUGACCCCCGUGUACCACCUCAUCUGAAUGUAACCACACCCUGGGUUUUCUGAAAGUAUUUUAGUGACUGUGGUAGCGAUUUUGUUUUUAUACCUUUACAUUUUCCACAAUUCUGUCCUUGUGCAGGUUGGCAGUCUCUUUUCUAUAAGUUUUGGAACACAGGCUUCCUGAGCUUAAUCUUAAAUGCCUCCUUUUCAAGUUGUCAGCCAAAUAAAACAGUGGCAAAACAUCCUGUCAUCCCAACUGCUAACAAAAUAGACCACACAAUCAAUUUUUACAGUCUUAGGCUCCCUUGUGGAAGCAGGUGAAUAGACAUUGUUGUUUUCUCAUUAAAACUUGUGUGUUUGAAAAGCUAAUACAUGUAACUGACUCUCUUAUCUUGUAUCUUUUUUUUUUAACCUUUUUUAGACAUACUGGUGCAAUACCCGAUCUUAGUUAAAUGUCAUGAAUUGUUACCUUUUAUUUAAUUGGGAACUAUUUGAUGUUUUUCUUUCCUUCCAAAGCAAAAGUCAAUGCAAGUAACAUUUUUUAAUCAGCGUGCAAACAUAUGCAUAUAGCUGUAUAUCUAAUGUGUAAUUAUAUAAUACCUGUUUUUGUAAUGCUGUAUGGGUAACUUUACAGUGAUUUAGCUUUAGGAAAUACUGUUGCUUGCACACUGUGACAGAUUUGCACUGUUGUAGAUAAAUGCGACAUAUAUACAUACGUACAUACAUAUAUAUAUAUAUUAAAAAUGAAAUUGCCUCUUUGGGUACUUGUUCCCUCUGCUGAUUGGCUCUGUGGGAACAAGGGACCUGUGCAGACCCUCAGAUGUGGGCAUUCUCACUCUAUCUUAAAGACCAUGGCCCUGCUUUGUAUAUUUCUGUAGAGUUACCUCCUUAGAAAAUUUGUAUGUGCAUUUUUUGCAAAUUUGAACUUUGUUUCCUGGAAUUAGAUGACGUUGAUGAAAAUGUGAUAUAAAUCAAAUAAAGCAUCAUUAUUUUCAGAA